AGGAGACUAUAAAAGAUACAGUUGUUACUUUGGUGCGCUCAUAAUCUCACCGACCGGGACAGCGACAACAUCUCUAGAAGGAAAGAAUACUCGAUCAGUWGAACGCUUCAUCGAAUCAUCUGAGUUCCAGAAUAUCUUGAUCAUUAGAAAACUUGAUCACCAACACAUUUAACAAGGGUAAUACUUCUUGAGAAGAACRAUUCCUCAAUCGAGAAAUUGAAAAGGAAUACUUGAUCAGUGGAAUACUUGAUCAAAGAAAAAUCAAGAUGACUUCAGAGGAUCAAGAUCAAGUGUUYCAKGGUGUGGAUGGCGAAGAAGAAGAAGAAUCGUUCCACGACGGUGCUGAGACCAAAGACUCGUUUUCUAUGAGUGAUGAGUCGUUCUCGAGUGUCAAAGAACGCGAUUCKKCUGCUCACGAGAAAGAUGACGAACAAUCAGUUGACGCUGGAAGUAAGAACAGUAGCGAAGUAAAGCGCCAUAGCAGCGUUUCCAAGCCACCGUAUUCCUACAUUGCGUUGAUAACGAUGGCAAUUCUCCAGUCCCCUCAACGAAAGCUCACACUUAGUGACAUUUGCGAUUUUAUAAAACGUCGUUUUGUGUAUUACAGAGAAAAGUUUCCUUCUUGGCAGAACUCAAUCCGACACAAUUUAUCAUUGAAUGACUGCUUUGUAAAAAUGCCGCGUGAACCAGGAAACCCUGGAAAAGGGAAUUACUGGACACUGGACCCCGCAAGCGAGGGAAUGUUUGACAAUGGCAGCUUCCUAAGAAGACGAAAGCGAUUCAAACGACCAAGGCCGCCAGAUGGCAUGGGGGGAACAUACGGCCUCCAGUAUUACUGGAAUUGUAACUCCUUAUGUUGGCGAUCUCCUGUAUACAGCUCACCUUAUUCUCACCCCUACAUGCCCUACUACCCRCAGCCUCCAACUCUCCAUCGUCUUGCGCCCAUUCGACCAACAGAACUGGCCUCUAAAGAAAAGGAAAAGCCGAAAUUCACUAUCGACAGCAUUAUAGGAACAGAUAAUGAUAAUCAAAAAACUCUGAAAGAGCCGAUUGAACACGAYUCGCGCGUUUCAAGUCCUUCUCCAUCGAGAAGUCAUAGUUACUGCUCCGCUUUUGAUUCGACCGACUCUUCGUGUCCGUAUGAUACUGUGAGCCCGUGUCAUGGAUUUUGUUUACAGUGUAACUAUGUUGUGCGGUAGAAAAUGCACAAUUUCAAAGUCAUCUCUCGCUGAGUUGUGUUUUACGCACGAGAAACUUGACGACGUAACGACGCGACGUUUGACGGUCUCUGGAGCCGUUAGUGGCCAAGUGAACUCGCUUGGACUUCACGCGWACUCUCUUGGUAUACAAUAUCAUCCCUCUUGAAAUUACACUUUUAUUGCGCAUCACACUCUCAAAUGAGGGCAAGUACUUAAAAAAUCUUAUUAGAAGGACUAUAAUUUGAAUAUAUUUAGAGCCAUGUAUAUAAUUUUUAUCGUUUAUAUAGUCAAUUUGAUUUUUAUUUUGACGAUUAAUUAAGAUUUUUUUUGUCGAAUUUGAUCUUUUGAUUCACGGGUUAUUAAGACUCCAUCUUUCAGAAGUUUCCUCCAGCACUUUGAACGACGCUUUGUUUGUGAAUUAAUAUAUAAAGUACAUGAUAGAGAGUUUGAUUAUAAUUACAUAAAUUGUGGAGUGAUUGAAUUUGAUGAUUAUUGUGUUUAUUGUGUAUAGGGGGUUCGUUUUAUGGUAACAAUUAGAGUUUACAAAAGGUAAAAGUUGUUUCCUUCCUGACGAAUAAAAGGAGUAUUGACCGA